UUCAGGGGCCAGGGCUGCGCGCCCUCGCUGGCAGCAGCAAACCCCUCAGCAUCUCUUUAUUUCCUGGCGUUUACCUGCGGGUUUGCAGCCCGGACAGAGAGAAAUCCAGGGGCAGCCCCCGCUGUGGGCCCGGAGCCCCAGCUCUGCUUGUGGUCUGGGGCCAGCAGUGGGCAAACGUCCCUUGGCGCUCCCUCGGGGCAAGCAGCUGCUCCUGGCGCGCUUCUGUCUGCGGCUGGCUCAGGAGUUCGGCCCCGUAACGGCCCCGAGCCGUUCGCCUCGUGCCGUGUCCCCUGGGCCCGGGGGUGCUGCUGGCACCCGGGGGGCUCGGGGCGAGCGCUCGCUGUCCCGUGUCUCCGCAGCAACAUCAUCGACGUGUCGGCGGCGGACUCCCAGGGGAUGGAGCAGCACGAGUACAUGGACAGGGCCAGGCAGUACAGCACGCGCCUGGCCAUGCUGAGCAACAACCUGACGCACUGGAAGAAGCUCCCGCUGCUGCCCUCGCUGACCAACCAGCCCCACCAAGUGCUCGCCAGCGACCCCGUCCCCUUCGCAGACCUGCAGCAGGUGUCCCGGAUAGCCGCCUACGCCUUCAGCGCGCUCUCACAGAUCCGCGUCGAUGCGAAAGAAGAACUGGUUGUACAGUUUGGCAUCCCCUGAGCCCGCCCCGCGACAGCACGGCUUCACCGCUUUGGGGUUUUGGUUUGGUUUUUUCGGUUUUGUUUUUUUGUUUUGUUUUGUUCCCCCCCCUUUUUUUGUCUUUAUUUCCCUCCCCGCGGCACCUCGCCUCGACAGAACUUGUACAGACGCCCGGUUUCCUACUGAUCGCCGCCGCUGCCCCCAAGGCUUUGUCCCCGCUGGGCGCGAGUGCGUGGGGGGCGGCGGGGGGGGGGCUGCGUCUCGCCACAGCCCCGUUGCACUGGGGGGGGCCCACGGCGGGGGUCCUGGUGCUGCUCAGCACCGCGGCCCCGGCCGUUCCCCCCCCGGGGUGGGGGGAGGGUGGGCUGCAGCCGGGCUCCUGCGGGACCCGGUGGCUGCUGGCACCCUUCCCUCGUUUUUACAUGUUUGGGGGCUUUGUUUUUUUUUUUAAUUAUUAUUCUUUUGCCACCGUAGAUAAACACGUUCAUCCAGG